AUGCAGUCCUCUUUUAUGUUCGCGUUGGCUGUAGCCAUCCUCAGCUCGGUCACUACCGGACAACUGCUACCACCAUCAAUUGUUCCUGAAAUCCAGCCUUACCCAUCUGGUGCCCCUAUCCUUCUUGUCUCCGGCUCAUUCAACCUGGGCCCUGCAUCAUCGGAAACGGCAUAUCCAGCACCCGGUGACGGUGAUGAUGAUGAUGAGAAUGGAGAUGAUGAAAAUGACGAGGAGUCUCCAGUGAUUACAGGCUUGCCAGGUAUCCCGGGAGACCAUGAACCAAAGACUCUGGACCCUGAACCAAGUGCUACCACUCUUCGGGUACGAGGGGAUUCAUCCAUCCAGAUGCUCCCUGAGUCCACCUUGACGUCCGCAUCCAUCAUGACUCGUACAACUUCUCAAGUAACGAGCUCUGAGCAAGUUCCGUCGACUCUGAUUGAGGCUUCAACUUUGGACCCGACCUCUCUCACCCGACUAAUUCCUGAACCCAGCACGAUGUCGGCUUCUACUCUGGCUCCCAGGGCUACUCAGGCUUAUCCCAGACGAAGAAGACAGGCAAGACAUGCGGGUUAUACCAUGACGACAUCUACGAUAUCAAUCUCAGAUCCAACUUCUCGGACACAGAUUCCCCCUGAAUCUACCAUGUCGGCAACAACCCUAGCAACGGUGAAGCGAGAGCAUAACAGGCACACAAACGGCGUUUCCAACCCUCGUCCUCACCAUACGAAUCCUGUCGGGGUAUAUCCUUCUGUCCCUAGCGUUAAUCAGGCCGGUGCCGCGCCAUGA